GAAACCCUGAGCAAUGAGAUCACUGGGGGACACUCACCCAGCUGUGGCCCCCGUGCCAAGGCCACCCACGCAUGACCUCGUGUAGUCCUCUCAACAACGGGUGGUAAGAUCAACCCAUUUUACAGACGCGGAACCAGGUGCACGGAUGCACGAGAAGGCACAGGGCCUCACCGGAUCUGGGCCCGAGCUGGUCCCACCCUGGCCUCCGGCUUUACAGAUGGAUUCAGUGGAAAAGACAACGAAUAGAAGUGAACAAAAUUCAAGAAAGUUUUUAAAAAGCCUUAUCCGGAAACAACCCCAGGAACUGCUCCUGGUCGUGGGGACUGGAGUCAGCGCGGCAGUGGCCCCAGGAAUCCCCGCCCUCUGCUCCUGGAGAAGCUGCAUCGCGGCCAUCAUUGAGGCUGCAGAGGAGCUGGACGUCCUUCACCCAGGGGACAUCGCCGAGUUCCGGAGGAAAGUGAUGAAGGAGCAGGACCUGCUGGUUGUCGCUCAUGAUCUGAUCCGGAAGAUGUCACCUCGUACAGGCGACACCAAGCCCAACUUCUUCCAGGACUGCCUGAUGGAGAUUUUUGACAACCUGGAGCAGCACAUCCAGAACCCUCUGGUGCUGCAGUCGAUCCUUAGCCUGAUGGAAAGGGGCACCAUGGUCCUGACCACCAACUACGACAACCUGCUGGAAAUCUUCGGCCAGCAACAGAACAAGCCCAUGGAGUCUCUGGACUUGAAGGACAAGACUAAGGUCCUUCAGUGGGCAAGAGGACACAUCAGAUAUGGAGUCCUUCACAUUCACGGCUUGUACACAGACCCCUGUGGGAUGGUGCUGGAUCCAUCAGGAUAUAAAGAUGUCACUCAAGACCCAGAAGUAAUGGAGGUCCUCCAGAACUUAUACCGCACCAAGUCUUUCCUGUUUGUGGGCUGUGGAGAGACCCUUCGUGAUCAGAUAUUCCAGGCUCUCUUCCUUUACUCAGUGCCAAAUAAGGUGGAUUUAGAGCACUACAUGGUUGUGCUCAAGGAGAAUGAAGACCAUUUCUUUAAGCAUCAAGCAGAGAUGCUUUUGCAUGGAAUUAAAGUAGUAUCCUAUGGGGACUGUUUUGACUAUUUUCCAGGAUAUGUGCAAGACCUUGCCACUCAGAUCUGCAAACAGCAAAGUCCAGAUGCUGAUCAGAUGGACAGCACCACGUUAUUGGGUAACGCAUGUCAGGAUAGUGCAAAGAGGAAUUUAGAAGAGAAUGGAAUUGAAGUUUCAAAAAAACUCAGACAAUCAGAGACCGGUAUUGUGUUCUUUCUUUUUGUGGGGAACCCAUCUCAGGUCUGUCUUGUUGGUGGGUGUUUUCACUCAUGGAGUUUUCUUUUAUGCCCUUCACCCCUUGGUGGGAGGGACGAUGCAUACAUUGUGUCAGGGUCAAGAAUCUGACCUCUCACCCCAGCCCAUUCCAACUGCCCAGAGUACCCCCUUUAGAAUUUCUGUUGAUUAAGUAAGCACGUUAUUGGCGAAAAAAUACACUGAGAAAGUGCACACAUUGUAAGGCCAGCUCAUUGAGUUUUCAAAGUGAAUAUACCUCUAUAGUCACACCCAGUGAUUACAGAAACAUGUUGUCAGGAGUCCCCUGCUGCUUUCCAGUCACUCCCCCACCACCCAAGGGUGACCAAUGUCCUGACUUAGCUCACCUUCAUCUCAAGAGAAAACCACUUUAAGUCAUUUGGCUUUGUUACCUCUAUCAUUGACUAAGAUUUAUUUAAACUGUUUAUUAAUAUUUAAACUGUUUAAACUGAUUUAAAUGGACUGUCUCUGUUGACACCAGGAAAGGUGGCCUGGCGCACUUGCAGUGCCACCUCCCUCCUUUCCUCCUCCUC